UGUACCGUAGCGAACUGUGGGAUUGAAUUCCGUCUGCACUGACAGAAAGAUAUUUACUGAAAUAAAAACAAGGCAUGACGAGAUAUAUUCUACGAACUUAAAGUACGUUAAUUUGUGUUGGACCUGUCGAAGAGAAUAAACUUUAGGCAUGGAUCCUAAAAUCGCGAAGAAAACCCAAGAUACUUUGGGUAAAAUAAUCAAGAAACCACCACUGACAGACAAAUUGUUGUCAAAACCACCAUUCAGAUUUUUACAUGACAUAACAACUUCAGUUGUAAAAUCUACUGGCUUUAUGAAAGGCUUACAUGAGGAAAGUGAAUUGAAUUCAGAAAAUGUUAAAGAUAAAGACAGUAAAAUUGCAUUUUUACAAAAAGUUAUUGAUUUUGUUUCUCUGGUAACUGGCAAAUCAUUGUCGGCUAAACCUGCUAAAAUAGUUGCUGGUCAUGAACCAGAGAAAACGAAUGAACUGCUUCAAGCCAUAGCGCAAGCCAUCAAUAAACAGGUUGAUAAUGAUGAGUAUAUUAAGAAAUUUGGUAAUAAAGAUAUCAAGGGUGAAGAAAAGAAGGAUAAAGAAAAAGAUAGAUCAGAACGAAAGAAGAAAGAUGAGGAUAAAGAAGAAAGACGUAAAGAUAGAGAUGGGGAGGGGAAAAAACACAGAGAGAAAAGCCGCGACCGUGAGAGAAGCAAAGAUCGAGAUGGAGAGAGGAGGGAGAAAGAUAGAGAUGGAGAAAGGAGGGAGAAGGAUAGAGAUGGUGAAAGAAGUAAAGAUCGGGAUUCUGAGAAACGCGAUAAAAGUAAACAUCGAAGUGACAAAGAACGAGGACAUAAAGAUCGAGAAAAGGGUGAAAGAAACAAAGAUGAUGACAAAGACGAGGAGAGAAGGGAAAGGCACAAAGAUAGAAAAUCAAAAAAGAGAGAAGAUGAAGAGGAAGGCAAAGAAAAUGAAUCUCCAGAAGUCAAUGGUGAAAAGGAUGGUAGAAUUCCAAGACCGACAUCUGCAAAAGGAUCACGAAGGAGAAGGGGAGGUAGAGUUAGAGACAGUGAUGAUGAAGAUGAAGAAGAUAAAAAUAAACAGGGUAGAGAACAAAGUGAAUCGCAUGUUAGGGAAACAGAUGUACCUCCACAAGUCUCUGCUGCAAGGCAAGCACGGCCAUCAAGUGCCCGUCCUGCUCCUCCUCGACCAAAACCAGAUGCUGCUGAAAGUGAACCAUCCAUGAGACUGGGAACUGGAAAACCUACAAAUGUAAUAGUUGAUGAUGAUAAACAGUCAGAUGAUGAUGAUGAUAAUUUCCUUGUCGAAGAUUCAGCGAUUCCACCUCCAGAACCAGAACAGCCUGCACCAAAACCAGACAAUGAAGAUGAUGAAGAUCAUGGAGGUUUAGUAAAGAAAAUGUUAGAAACCAAGAAAGAAUUAGAACAACCAAACCAACCAUUGAAAAAAGUUGAUAUUGAAAGGUCAGCAAUGUCUGAUGCAGCCCGACGAAAACAAAGGGAACAUGUACAGAAAGAAAUUGAUAAAUUACGAUCAAGUAUUCAGAGUUUAACGCGAAGUGCCAAUCCUCUUGGUAAAAUCAUGGAUUAUGUGCAGGAAGAUCUGGAUUCGAUGCAGAAAGAACUAGAGAAAUGGAAAAGUGAAAACAAAGAACAUGCUUUAGCUUUAAAAAGAGAAAAGGGGGUAACAGACCGUGCUAUAGAACCAUUAAAGGCCCAACUAAGUGAUAUAGAUCAAGCGAUCAAAGAUCAAUUAGACGCUAGUGCUGCUGUCAAAGCCAAUAUUAUCAAAAAUGACCAAAAAAUCGAAAAAAUGUUGAAGAGUAUUGCUCGUUCAUGAUUAUUAACCUAAGAAGUACAGACAUUCCAUCCUUAAUUUAUUUUAUUGUUUUAAGUUAUUUGUCCUGUCUUGUUAAGAUUAUAACUUACUACUAGUGUCAUAUAUGAAGGGUAUGCUAAAUUCAUUAAAUUACCCAGUCAAAACUUAACAUUAGUAGCAAGGUAGUGUGAUAUGUACAUAUAUAGAUUUUGGUGGGCAAUAUAUUUUAUGCAAAUGAAUAGCUCUCAAUGUCAAACUGAUAUCUGGAAAAUAAAGUGAAUGGAUCAGUUCAACUGAAAGUACACUCAAUUCAGAUCAUCCUUAUUUUUGAAAGCUAAUUCUAAAACAUAAUUCCUAAGUGUCCGCUCUAAAAGAUCUUCAGUGUAAAAUAUAUAUUUUUGUAUAGGUAUUUCUUAUAACAGUUGUUAAGUAAAUAUUUGUAUUAAAAUCAAUCAUCCCACUGUUAUUGAUAUAUAUGACACAAACUUUUUCUGUUUAUUUUAUGUGAGUGUAACAACUGUCUCUGGCUGUUCUAGUAUUUAUAUAUCUGAUGUUCUUAUAUGAUUCAACAUUUGUAAUAGAUACAGAUCAAAAAGAAUGUCAGCCAUGAACUGAACUUUCUGUAUCGAGUAAAUACAUGAAUUCUAUCUUAAUUCUGAAAAAUAAUCUAUAAUGGAUGAUUGUUUAAAGGGUCCUGAAAGACAUAAUGUAUAUUUAAAAUAAUUAAAUCAUCUGCGCCCUAAGUACAUGUGAAUUAUUUAAUGUCAACAUAAUGUUAGUUAUUUUCUCCGUCCAUAUUUUACAAACACUAAGUUGUGCAUUUUAUUUUAUACAUGUUAUUUUGUUGUUAGAAUCAUAGAUCUGUUAAAAAGUUCUUAUAAUUUUAAUUAUAUUCCUAAAGUAGUAGCAACAAGCAUUAUCAGUCCUCGAGCUUAUAAUGUUGGUAACCAUUGCGGCAAUGUGCUGUUAAUUUACUUAUUUGCCAUUUAAAGUGAAAUAAAAUUGAUUGGUCUCAGUGACUCGCAGAGGGUUUGUGAUGCCAGGAGCCAACUCCUUGACUGUAUGCUCCCAAGACUCAAGUAUAGCCCCUAGUACUAAGAAAUGUGAGAAAGGAAGACAUUUUAAUUAGAUCAACAGAUGAAAUACAUUUUUUACUUAAAUUAAGUAUUAAAAUUAAUUCCACGUUUUGAUUGGAUGCCCCCAUUCCUGAAAUAGAUGCAGUCGUUACCACCUAUGCCCCCUGAUUGGUCUUUAUUUAUGUUAUGAUGUUUAAAAUAAUUGGAGGUAGAUAUGGAACUAGUUCUCCUUUUUGUUGUAAAGGGUUGUCAUGGAGGGGGCUCUAUAAAUGUAGAUAUUAGGUUUAUUGUAGAUAUAUAUUAUUUAUGCAUAGUACUCUUUAUAUUAUAUCAGUUGUAAAUAUUCAAUAUGACAUCUCUGUAAAUGUUGGUGUAUAUAAAUGGUUAAAUUCAGUAAAAUAAAAAUACAGUAAAGCUUCAUUUUUUAAUUGGCAUAUCAAUUUGUAACCAAUUUUUCACAAUAUACAAAGGGGCCUCCAUACAAUAAAUUAAAACAGAAAAUUGUUUUUAAAUUGGUUUUGUAAUUAUUUUUUUUUUACCAAUACUGCAAAUUAUCCUCCGUAGUGUGUUGAAGAGGAGAUGGACAUUUGGUUUUAUAAGCCUAAUGGUCUAAAGGGAGAUAAUAAAAAGGAGUAAGGAUACUAAACAUACUGUUAGAAGGUUUAGUUAAUUCUCUUCAUUGUACCUUUAUAUUGUAGGACAGGAAGAUUUUCAGCUAUAAACAAUCUACUUUUGCA